GGGACGGGAAGAUUCGUCAUCGCGCUUCGAUCACAAACGCCAGCGCACAAGUCGAUUUGGUCCAUCUCGGCUACAUCGUUUGAAUGAACGAGCCCACGUAUACGAUGCCGCCGCUGCAGUUUGCCCUCCAAGGUGGCUUGCCAGCGCCGAUGCCGACGCCGAAAGCCAAGGCCAAGGCGUCGAGUCCCGAGUCGCCGAUCAAGAAGCGCAACGUGGGCGUACCCAAGUUUCUUCGGUUUCUCUACGAAAUCCUCGAGAAGGAAGACAAGAGCGUCAUUUGCUGGUCGCACAAAGGCACGGCGUUCCAGAUCCGCAAGCCGGAUGCGCUCGCCCACACCAUUCUACCGCGCUACUUCAAGCACAACAAAGUAUCGAGCUUCCAGCGCCAGCUCAACUACUUUGGCUUCAAAAAGUGGACCAAGACGCAGACAGUCGUGUGCACGUUCAGCCACCCCAACUUUGUGCAGCAUCGACCCGACGGGAUCAAGCUCAUCAAGCGCAAGGAGCGCGGGCUCGCCGAGAUGACCACGACCACCAACGCCACCAACUGUCCUGGGCUGGUCGACGAGCGCCCACUGCCUUUUCCAAAAGAAGUGCGUCGCCAAUCGUGGGCCCCGCGCGCCACAUACGACCUCUACAUGCACGGCGAUCUCCUCCAUGCGCAAACAAACAUGCGCAAGCACAAUGUCCAUGUACCCGCGACGCCGUAUGCGCCCGAGGCGUCGAGUACGACCUCGUCGUUCAGCACCGAAUGGGGCGAUGUCUUCUUGUACGGACCCCCCACCGUCGAGCCCGUGGGGUCGUCGUACUUUGAUCUGUGGGACGACGACGGGACCGCGGCGUCGGCGUCGUACAUGACACAAAGCGCCCCCAUCGUGCACGAAUUGCCGGCGCAUCUGGUCACCAUCAAGCACGACGACAUGCUUCUGGAUGGGUCCUACGACCCGUCGUGCGCGCGCUUCUGCCACGUGGCCGAGUUUUAGCCCUUUCGAUUUGUUUGCAUCUUUUUUCGCUGCUUUGGCUUGCGCAUUUGCACCUUCUUCUCGCUCGUUUCAACGUAUUUAAUACUACCCUCUUUCGAUCCAGAA